CGCGAAUUGCUCACAACUUGGGUAUCACCCAGCGAAAGUCAGUAUUGACGUAAUUUUGCAAAUAUUUUGGAUUUUUCAGUAACCAUGACACCACAUUUGACUCACAGAUGAUGAAGCGUAUUACGUUUAAAAGUGUAAAGCUUUCGUUACACCGUCAUCGACGAAGUUCGCCCGAAGAUGGAUCUGGAAUGGUUGAUGGAGAUUCAACAUCUGAAACCAACACUCCAUCGCCUCCAGAAUCCACUCAUGAGGUAAGGAAAAAAGAGAAGAUAGGGUUGCUGAAGAGUUUCAAACGCCGUCUGACUACGAAUCUCCGCCGUAAAAGUGAUGACGGCCACGAGAGCGACCAUAUCGAGGACCAUUACAUGACUGUGCCUUCAAAGCGUGAUACGAAAAAACGCAAGAAUAAAUGGAAGCCACCUGAUCACUCUUCCAAAUCCAACUCGUCGUCUCAUAGUUGUGAUAGCUUAGAUCUGAAUAUUACCUCAAACAGUUUCCAAAAACUGUGUGACAUACAGAAUAAUACUGAUGCAUAUGAUAUGAAUGUGAAAAAAGACAAAGCAAGCUGUAAGACUAAAGAUAUGGCUCGAUUUCAAGUGACAGAAAAAUGUAAGAGUGACCAGCUACCAAAGGAAUGUGUUGUAAAAAAUGGUAGUUUGAAAGAGGGUAAUAUUUGUCCAGAGAAAAUGUCUUUUCCAUAUCUGGAAGCUAGAACUGAGGUGACAAGAGCCACAACUUUUACUGAUUGUGAUGAGGAACGAGAGGCACCCAAAGUCUGGAAUUUGACGCAGGAACUAUUUCGACUUUCAAAGUUUGGAUGGUACUGGGGCCCUAUAACACGAGUGGAGGCAGAGGAUAAACUUGCCAAUCAACAAAACGGUGCUUUCCUUGUUCGGGACAGUUCUGAUGAACGAUACCUGCUAAGUUUAAGUUUUAGAUCUUAUGGCCGGACAUGGCACACACGCAUCGAACAUUGCAAUGGAAUGUUUAGCUUUUAUGCUCAGCCUGAGACAGAGGGGUAUCCCUCUAUAGUGGAUUUGAUAGAACAUUCGAUGAAUGACUCUCAAACGGGCAUUUUCUGUUAUUCACGAUCAAGGUCCCCUGGUGCUCCAUCAUUCCCUGUGAGGCUGACAAAACCUGUUUCACGAUUUACUCAAGUGCGUUCUCUACAGUAUUUAUGUCGUUUUGUUAUUCGCCAGUACACACGCUAUGACCAUAUUCAGCAGCUUCCUCUUCCAAAGAAAAUAAAAGGUUGGAUCGAAGAAAAUCAGUACUAGAAAAGGUGCCAGAUACAUGUAUUUGUACACAUAUGUUUAUUAAUUAAAUUUGUUGUUUUGAAAACAAAUUAAGAAUUUCCCGGUUCUCAUUUAUAUGUACAUAAACAAAGUGUAUAAUUGUAUGAGGAUUGUAAAUAUACUGUGUUUUAUGGAAUUACCUCCUUCUAUAAAUAAUGGCUCAAUAUUUGCCUUUUAAUAUUUAUUAUCUCAUACAUUUCAUUAUGUUGAGCAUCACCAGAUGUUUACAUUUGUUACUUUUUCAUUGUGAUGGAUAAUGAAUUUGUCGAAUUUGUAAUUACAAUUUCUGCAUUUGGAUGUCCGACAAAUUUAUAAUUUCAUUUAUAUCAUUAUUAUCUGCUUAUUUAAGGUCCUGAUUCAUGAUAUUUUCUUAAUGUUGACUUGAUAAUGAUCUGAUUUUUCUAAAAAGUUUUUAGAGCAGUUAGUUUUCUAUGCUGUACAUGUAUUUAUGGCUGUCAGACUACAACGAGUACAAUAUUUAUAUCAUUCUUCAUUCAUUGCUUUGAUAAAGGGUACAACACAGUAUGGCAUUACACUUUGUUCCAAUGUUUUUAGUUAUUUUAAGUAACUUUAAUAAUAGCAAUUAGUACUAAUGGCAAAAGAAGUUUUCUUGUAUACAUUGAAGCAGUACAAAUUUUGCAUAUAAUUUUUCUUUAACUUUACAAACUCUGCAUAUUGUUGUAAGAAUCUAUAAGGUAGUUUUUUUUGAGACUUGUUUUCCAGUCAGAUUUAUGUGUGAUUUCACACAUUUACCUAUUUUGGUAUGAUUUAAAUGUACAGUGAGCCCAGUAUUCUAAAAACUACUAUUAGCAAUAUUAGUAUGAUGUUUUUCUGAUGGAGUUAUAUACAUAAAAUCAAUAAUUAAUACUGAAAAAAAUUCUUUUGUAUGUGUGUGACAAAAAUCUAGCAAAAAGAAACCAGACAGAUAUUUUUUUUUAUUGAUUAUUGCUUUGUUUUGUAAACAAUAUUUAUUUAUAAACAUUUGAAUGGAUUGGGCAACAGGCAGUGUCUGUUAGUGCUCUCCAUACAAAUUAGGCGUGCAUAUACAAAUGAAUGACAUACAGAUUACAAAGUGGGUAAAGACUAAACACACAUACAAACAUGAGCACAUGGUGCUUAAUUGUAUCAGACACGUACACAAAACAAAACUAUCACAGUUACAUUUACAUGUAUUUACAGAUGUUUUGUUGAUUUGAUAUAUUAUUGUACACAAUUUGUAAUGUAAUUUAUUUGAAACAAAAAAUGUUUUGUAUUUUUAAGCUUUUUUUUUUCCUUGGUGCAUAUGAUAAAACUCUUGUUCAGUGUAAUGUCUGACAUUGUAAUGGACUAGGGUUGUUACAACAGUGGUACAGUGUAUGAGACUGAGUUGUCAGAAGGAACCCAGUCUCAGGACUAGAUGUGUCAGUGAAGCAUUGUUAUAUAAACUUAGCUUUAUCCCUAGUGUUAAUAUAAACCUUUGUUUUUUACUUCAUGUUGUCAGAAGUCUUUUAAAGUUUCUUUUUUUUUCAAAGCUUGUAUGCAAAUGAUACUUGAUGGUAAGACAUGUUUUUGACUCCUGAGUCUCAGUGCUUUAAACUCUCUAUUAUGAUCUGUGUUGAGUUUACGCUGGUGUGCAAUAUCUUCUAUUCUGAGUAUUAAGGUGCUGUUAUUUACCCAUUAACAUAUAUAGCAAACAUUUAUGUGCAAUAGUGGCUACAUGUUGGAAAAUUAUUCCUUUUUUUCAUUUUUGAAUGUUUACUCACAUACUUUUUUUUCAACAUAAAAAAACAAAUAUUUCAACAGUUACAUAAAAAAAAACUUAAAUUAAGUGAGAUUUAUUGAGAAGAAAUUCUGAAUUUUUAUGUAUUUCCUAGGAAAUGUUUUGAAAAAUUGCCCCCCCCCCCCCCCCCCCCACACACACACACACACAAAAGAUAUAAAAAAGGAAAUCCAAGAAAAAAUAAACAAAUAAAACCUUGUUGACAGAUUCUUAUUUACAUUUGAUUAACAUAUUACAGAGUUGUACAUUUUGAAAUUUCUUCAUUAUCAGGCAUUAUACAGUACAUACUUUAUACAUGAUAUGCAUAGACCACCACUCAUCACCACCAUCAUAAAACUGCAGCAGAGUGCCACCUCAUAAUUUUGAUUGUUAAUUUGGUAAGUCUAGGUAUUAGAAUAGACUGUAUUUAAGCUGCCUAAGCAUUGUUUUGAUUUUACAUUUCAUGAUCUGACAUUUGUAUUUCGACAGUCUGUGAUUUGACAACAUUUUAUAGUCUUCAGAUUCUAUUUACAAUUUUGUAUCUGAUUACUUUUUAUGAUUUUGGCUACAUUUUCCUAUUAUCAUAAUCAAGAGUUAUGAAUUCUGCCUCUAAAUGUUGCGAUCGCAGAAAGACCAUAAAUAUGAACUGUUAUACUUGAUCGUGUUCAUUUUAAGGCAUUUUAAAAUUAAUUGAGAUGUUAGGUUGGUUAACAAAGGCAUUUUCUUUGCAUUUUUUUUUUUGGUUGUUGUAGUUUUAAGAAGCUGUUUUUAGGUUGUCAAUAUUUAGCAUAUCACAGUGCUUGUACUUCUAAGAGGAGAAUAAGAAUUAUAACGUCAUCAUUGCUGACUGAUGUUAACAUGUUGUCACACCCUCAUUUUGUCACCACUGCCGAGAGCCAGCUUGUUUUGUUACUAUGGCAACCCUAUCUUUUAACAUAACAGGGCUCUCACACCACUUUUUGGGACUGGGGACAGGGUCGUAAAAAUUAGGAAAAUUAGCGACCUUUUGGGUAAUUUGGGGAAAAUCAUAACUAGACAUUAUGCAUUAAAUUUAUGAUAUAUUGAGUUUCUGGUGGUGGUUAUCAACUAAAUUUCUGUUUUGUAAUGCAGAGAAAUAUGAAUUACAAGUUUAGUAACUAUAUAUAUCUUACUAAACGUUCUUUAAUAUUUGGGGAAGUGAGAGAUUGGGAAAAUUAACACAUUCAAUUGUGAAAAAAGGUGCCUUUUUUGAAUUGGGAAUGGGGCCUUUGAACAGCCCCAAAUAUAUACAAUCGAGAGCCCUGAAUAAUAUCAUCUCUUUUUACAAAAAUCUUAAUUUUGGGUUUCAAAAAAUUUGUAAAGUUUCUUUAUUCCAUUUGUAAAUAAGAAUGUUUUCAAAUUGCUAUGGAAAAAAAAAUAAAUCACUGGAAAGGCAGUGUCAAUUAAAAGGAAGUUGGGAAAUGGGGGAGGGGUGGGAUGGGGGUGUUCCAUCCUAGAUAUAAGCCAACAGUUUCAACUAUUAGUGAGAAUUCAGGCUUGACCUCUGCAGUGUGUGUGUAGGAUAUGUAUCACAGAUACUGUAGUUAACAGUGGCUUCUUGUCAUCACUACGUCAUGUUCUAGUUGUGAAAGUUUUAAUAACUUUCAAUAAGUAUUGCAUAUUAAGAUUUUGAAACAGCUGAUUAGGUUGCUAUUAAUAAAUGUGCAAAUCCACAAA